UGUGAUCAAUUUUAAAUUGAAGUCGUAAUAUUAACUGAUAGUACUAUACAUUAGCUCAUCUCAGCCAGUUUGAAAACAAUAAUAUAAUCCUGUACCACUCUUGUUCACAAACUGUAGAUGAGGGGGGAAAAAAAGAAGAAGAAGCAGACAACAAUAGAGACUAAUUGAACUCAAUGUGAAGCAGGAAUUGAUGGCAAUUGGAGUAAGAGCAUGGACUGGUGAAAUCCAUGGCACAGUUAUUUGUGAUGUGUGCAGUGAUUCUUCAAUUGGUCCUGAAGAUCAUGGUUUAGAAGGUGCUGAGGUUGCUGUUCUUUGCAUAACUAAAUCCGGAGAAGUUCUAAAUUAUCAGGCAUUCACAAACUUAAAGGGGAUUUAUAGAGUGGCAGAGACAAUGCCAGAGAGUGAUCGUUGGGAUGUGUGCUUAGCAAGAUCCAUCAGCAGUUUCCAUGAACUAUGCACCCAUAUACGAAAUAGUAACUCAGGUGUGAAGUUCAGCUACUAUCAUCCUUCCGGACAUUCCCACACAGUCAGACCAUUUGUGUAUCGUCCAGCCAGUGUCCCGACAUUCUGCAUCUAGUUAAACUAUGUACAUCCUACGGGUUGUCUGAUUUUCUUCGUGUUGUUGUAUUACUUGAUUGCCAUGAUAUGAUCGAAAACCUACUUCCAGUCUGGCAAUAUCUGUUGUAAAUUGUGUCUUACGUAUACUCAGCAAUAUAGGAAUCUUCUGAUUCAAGUUAUGAACUAUAGCUCUAGGUCAUUUUAGUGAGAAAAAGGUAAGUU